UCUCGGAAUACCGAAUCGGCAUCUGAUUUCUGUGUUUCAACAUGAAUAACAGCUGUUCAAAACCCUCAACUUACUCACCAACCCAAACCAAAAGACAAUUUUGUCCCUGCAAAUUUUUUCAAAACUCCGCCAAAUCUUCCCUUUAUUUCUUCUCGUCUCAAAAGUUCCAACAAAUCUAUUUCCCCAAAAAUAACCUUUCCGGCUCUAAAAAAAAGUACAAAAAACCAUGUUUUUCUCCAGUCUCUCUCACCUACCCACACUGCCUUCCACCCGCAACUGCCGCCUGCCCCACCGCCUGCAUUGCCGCGCUUCCGCUCCGACCUCCCCAUUCCGGUUCUGACCACCUCCAGGUACUCUCUCUCUCUCUCUCUCUGAAAUUUGAAACCCAAAAAUUUCCCAUUUCCUGGUCUUUAAACCAAGGUGAUCAGAUUCCAAUUCAACCCAUUGCAAUAUGAAAACUUGACAAAAAUUCUCAUGGGUAUUUUGCUCCAAAGGUAUUUCUGACUUUGCCAGCCUGGAUUUGCUAUGUGUACCUUUUUUCCCUUUUUUGGUUAUAACUUAUAACAGACAAGCACACUAGCUACCUAUAAUUAUAAAGCAAAGGCCUUUGCUUCAUAGUUCAUAACUUACCCAAAAAAAAAAAAAACACUCAUGGAAUUCCAAGCAUUCCAGGACAAUGCUUGGUACGAGGUUGAAUUGGUAAGCAAUGGUGACAUACUCACCAUUAAGUACAAGAACUUUGCGGACGAAUGGGAUGAGAUAUAUCAUGUGGGGAGAUUCGAUACUGUCAAAGAGAUAGAGGAUUUCGGGGCCAGGUUUCGACGCAGUAGCGUGCAGUUGCAAGAUGGGGAGUGCAGGAAAGUCGUCGCGGGCAUGAAAGUUUGCGCCACGCAUUAUACUGAUAGUGGGGAAGUUAAAUUCUACGAUGCUACUGUUCACGAGGUGCAAAAGAUCCAACAUUCGUUUAAGAAUGGAGAAGAAGAGUGUUAUUGCAUAUUUGUGCUUCUGUGGCAACAUGGUCCUGCAAAAGGCACAAAAACAUAUGCAAGUGUUGCUAGUAUUUGCCUGAUCCGACAUAUACAAGGGCUUGUUGAUCAAGCCCUCGACUCCUUCUUGAAGAUAGCAAGAGAGAGACUGGGAAUUGCACCCCAUAAUCAGGAUUCUUAUGUUCAAAAAGGUCCGGUAUGUGAAGGCCCAGGUACUUCAUCAUCUUGUCAAACAAAUUCUUUCAUAGAUGUUGAUGCAUUUUUUGAGAAAUUAAGGAGAGUCAGACGGUUUAGAUGUGCGGCCAGAACUUUUCAAGGGAGGCUUAAUGGUCAAUGUAAAAAGUGAUCGAAUUAACGUGGAAUGAGCAGAAGGAAAGAGUGUCAAAUAAAACGAUGUGAAUAUAAGUUAUAAGAAAAGACAGUUUUUAGAAUUGUAUUGUGGAGAUGAUGCUAGACAGAGUUGAGUAGUUUAAAAGGCCUAUGAACAUAUGAUGUGGCAAUGUCCAUGAGGAGUAGUUCUGGUUGCUUUGUUAGUUUGUUGGGGAAAAGAGUGCAUAUCUUGUGGCCAUGUCAAUGGGGAGUAAGGAGGAAACUGGGAAUUUAUCCAAUGAUGCAGGUAUGAGCUACUUUUGGCAUUCCUUGUGGCAUCUGAAUCUACCUAGAAAGAAUUUUGCAGGGAGAGUUUGUCAAAUUAUUCUGUAUACUAGGCUUAAUUUGCAUAGGAGGGGUGUUGUUUCACAACCUGCUGUGUUAUUUGUGGGAGCGAGACUGAAUCUGCAGAACAAGUUCUGUGGUCCUGUUGUUAUGCAGAAAAAGUAUGGGAGGAUUGUGAUUUAGGUCCUAUAAUUCAUAAUACUGUGGGGGUGUCUUCUAUUGAUUUUUUGUGGCAGGUUUUGAAGAAGGAUGGUGUGGAGACAAUGCAACAAGUAGUUACAGUAGCUUGGUCUAUUUGAAAUCAAAGAAACAAAGCUCUCUUUAAUGAAUCUAUCCAAUUGCCUCAUUUGGUUGUCCAGCGUGCAAGGGAGUAUUUUCGAGUUCAAAGCGCAGUGAUGGCUUCACAUGUUGUCUCUUCAAGAACCCAAACUCAGUGGCUGCCUCCAAAUCGAGGUUUCUUCAAGGUUAACUUUGAUGGUGCUAUGUUUGAAGAGAUACAGAAAGUUGGGAUGGGGGUAUUUAUUAGAAUGAUCAAGGCUUGUUUAUUGCUGCUCUAAGCUCUCUGGAAAAUUUAGGUCUACGCUGAGGAAGCUGAAGCUCUUGCUGCUGUUUGUACUCUGUUUUUUUUCUGCCUGUGUGUGUCCUUUUGAAGUGGUUGUAGACGGUGAUUCUCUUAUGGUAAUCGAAGCUUUGAAAUCUGAUGUGCCAAAUUUAUCUAAAGUAGGCCAUUAGCUGGAUUUAGCUAAACACAUGGGUAGAUCUUUUAGGGAGAUUUUCUUUAAUCAUGUCAGUGGGGAAGGUAAUGGUGUUGUUCAUGUGCUCGCCAUGCUAAACAUUAUGUAUUUAUUGUCUGGUUGGAGGUGGCUCCUGUUUCUGCAAUGCAGCCUCUAAAGAUGUAACUUUUGGUUAGUUAAAUGACAUGUUUCGCUUAUUUCUA